CGAUCGCAUAAGCCCCGAUCGAGCGGAGGCUUCCUUCUAUCGAACCCCAUUCUUAAUGCCCAUGCGCCAGUGCGCGAGGAUGCGCGCAGAAGGUCGAGGAUACCGGUCAACAACGGGAAAGGCAAGAGUCCCGUAAGCACCCCAGAUAAGACGAGCUCAAGCAGUUCCCCACACCUCGCCGGCGACUCCCCCAAUAUGGAUCAUGGGGGAAGACGUGUAAGCCGCAACGGACGGCCAGAUACACCCUCCAGCAUCCCUCUGCCGACAUCUCAUGUGUUGUCUAUGGACCCCGAAUCUACACAGAUAGUGAAUAUGGCACUGAGCCUGAAUGAGUCGCGGAGAUUUGCGCAAAGUAGGAACGUAUCAAGUCCUGUGCCCCCGCGCCUCGCCCCCGUUCCCGACAGUCCAGCUGGAGGCAGUCUUAAGCAGCACCUGCAGCAACAACGGCGGACAUCACGCAAUAUAUCCCCCAAGGCCGACAGAAGCAGCCUCAUUCCGCGCCAGGUAUCGGUUUCGGGCCCGCGGAUCAACGCCCCCCUCCAGCCGUCAUUUGACCCAGAAGGUAACUACACCUACCACUUUUCCUCUUCUACCCUUAAUCGGGCACAGAAGGCGAAGGAACACUUCGAACUUAUGACUCAAUACCGUCGACUAUUGCAACUGGUCCCACCGUUGAAAGAGAGCAGCGCGCAAAGCUCGACCAGGCCCUCUACGUCUAGUUCCCCUAGCUCUCCUACGACCAGUUCUACACCGCAAAACCCUUUCAACAGCACCCAAGUAACUCUGGGCAGGCCUUACAACCCCCUGCAGUACAUUCGAAACCGAAAAGUUCGAGCUCGGGAGAGAAAGGCCAUCGAUGGGGAAACCCAAGGAUUCGCGGAUGUGACUAGAGUCACUGAUUGGAUCGACCAAGCUGCGACGUUGACUGCAAUGUCGCCGCUACAGCCCGACUCCUCUUCCAUUCCGGUUUUCUUAGGGGCGCACAAUUUAAGUGGUCAACAACACGCGUCUUCAUCCUCUACCCCGGUCCCAACACCAGGCGCUUCAAAGUCCAAACGGCCGAGGAUAGACUGGGUCUUUGAACCAGCUGACUUACUAGCUGAUAUUUAUUGGGUGGAGCAGGAUGACAACAAAUCUCUCAUCGAGGACCGCCACUACACGCCGUUGUUACCUAAGAAGGCGACCGCUGUAUUAAGACCGAUAUCCCAGAAGAAUGAACCUGCUACAAGCCUUCUCGUGACUCCUGAACCUCGAAAGGGCAUGGAGAGUAGUGAUGCUUCCGCUGAACCAAGACCCUCAGAGUCUAAUACAACCUCGAGAGCAGAUACAGAAGUGUCUCAUAGCAGUGCACGGGAGAGAGCUCGCCAGAAAUUACAUGAUCUGAGAGGUAUAGGGGGCAUGCAUCACAAGCACAGUGGUUCUGUACAUAGUCACCACGACUUCCUUCGCCUGAGGAAAGGGUCAUUCUCGGACACAUCUGAAAGCGAGAAUGAUCGCAAAAUUCGCGAUCGCAGGGGAACAGUCAGUGCUAAUAGCAAGGCGAUUCUCGAAAAGCAAAUGGCCGAAAUGCUGGCCAAGGAGGCUGCAGAAGAACGGGGGCCUGUUCACAAUGAUACAGAUGUCGCGCAAGACGCGUCUCUCCGUCCAGCGAUGAUGUCGCCUGACAAGAGUUCAGAACCAUCUUCCCGCGGCCAUGGCCGCAAUGAAUCUCGAGUAGAAGACAUUGAAUUCUUUGAAAGGGUCAAUCGCGCACGAGCAAGACAAGGCGCGUCACCAAUUCAUUCGGGCCGUGCCAGCUUGGAGGUUCCUGGUUACAGUUACAGAGCAUCCAUGGAUCUCGACUCUAUGCCAGCCUCUCCUGACAUAAAGCCACGCCGAGGUAGCAAUUUCAUACCGCCAAUUGGUAUGGACCUCUCUCCGGCUAGCAGCCGUCCGGGAUCUCCGGCACGGAACCCAUUUUCCAAAGUCAAACACAUAUUCCGGGAUCGCAGUCGGGAACGGAGCAACGGACAAGCCUGGAACGACAAGGCAGAGAAGCCUGACAGCCCCGCAGUCGAGCAAUCUGACCCUUAUGCUUUGUCUCCCAUAUCAGCUGAAGGUAUGAGCUCUCCGGAACGUCGGAGAUCCAAGAGCCCAGCACAAAAGAUCAUCUCACGGCCCACUGAUGCGAGCCACAAGUCUCACCGCAGUAUGGGCAGCAUUAGACUUGGAAGGGACGAGCAAAUUGGCUUGAGAAGCAUCCUCAAAGGUGGUGCUAAAAUAGAUGGCAUCAUCCGCGGUGGCGUGUCGAAGAUGUCUGAUCUGAUUUGGAGGAAGGAUUUGGACCUUGCUGAAGGCGUCUCUGCUAUGUCUAGCGACGAGUCAGAGGCGGAGCCUUCAAGAGGCAGACGUCGAAGAACGGUCUCGUUAUCGCGGACGAGCUCGAUCCGGCCAGGUCAAAACCUGCAACCCAAAAGUUACCUGGAUGAGAUGCCUACCUUCAAGUCGGCCUCAGAGCUCGACAAGGCUGUCUCCCGAGACACCGAGUUCACUUCACUUCCCGUCACGUCACCAGUCUCUGGCCCACCUAGCCAUCGCUCGCCCCGGUUCGAGCGGCUUAAACCACCACGCAUAGACGUUCUCAGCGCCUCACCCACAUCCUCACCCAACCUGCUACCCCAAAGGCGUCCUUCCACUGACUCUGACAUGUCCGACGCCGAAUCUAGAGCACGAGACUCGGGCCAGUCGGGGGAUGCCCCUCAACAGUCCUCUGCACAACUCAAUGCUGCAUUGUCUCUCGCAGCCCUUUCGAACCGUUCGCACCGCAACUCGAUCACCAAGUCACAACAGUGGUCUAUUUCUGACAAUUCAGCCGCACGCCAAUGCCCCGCCCAGCUUUCUAAACAUGAAGUUGCUCGCCUUCGCGCGCUGGUACUCUCGUCUGGCAUCAAAGCAAUGGAAAUCGCCCGCCGUACUGGGGAAUCACAUCCUCUCUUCGCGUUGGACAAUGGAACGGUCGGCAUUCCCUGGACGGAGAUGUCGCGCUUUGCACCGCCUGAGAGCGCCAGCCUUGCUGUGCCGCAGAUAAAUGUGUAUCCCACAACGGCACGCAUUCUAGCCGCCAGCAUCGAGAGGUCGGGCGUGGAGCUGCAUAAAUCGACCGAGGCGUUCGUGCAGGGUGAUAUGCGCAGGCUAAAGUCCCGAGUUGAUACACUCCAUGCCCACGUUGCAUCAGACCUGAUCGACAUGACAAGGCGAGCUGCUGACGAGGCCGACGAGUGUUCCCGGGACCUGAUAGAUGGACAACGACUAAAGGUGAAGAGCGUCGUGGAUCUUAUCGACACGAUGCUGCAGCGACGGCGAAGGCGGUUUAGAUGGGUUCGCCGAGCCGGGUGGCUGGUCGUCGAGUGGGCACUUGUUGGCUUUAUGUGGUACGUCUGGUUCGUGGUUAUGAUGGCCCGCAUCUUCCUAGGCAUUGGCCGUACCAUAUGGGGCGUGGGGAGAUGGGUCCUCUGGCUGUGA